UCGGGUACCGAGUGAAGCGAAUCGCAGCUAACUUGUCUUUCGCGUUAAUUACCCGUUGUCGUGAUAUAAUAAAUUGCGCAUCGCGUAUUUCGGUAGUGUUGUUAUCAAGUUAAUUAUCGCGGUAUUCACAGUGUACCAGUAACUUGUUAAAUCGUGAGACACCGUUCGUGAGAUACCGUUCAAUAGAAACUCGCGCAAGCGACGGCGACGACGUCAGUGAUCCGUCGUCCAUCGGUCGAUCGCAUUUUUCAAUCCGCUGCUGUUUGUUUUCGGUCUCAAUUCGUAUGUUUCUAAGCAUACGUGAGAACAUGGACAUAAUAAUUAUCCGGAGACACGCGUGUGUUGUGUUUCAGCAACGGCUGCGAUCAAGCGGUGGUAAGGUUAUGUUGCGCCGCGCGGUGCGGCACGAAGUGAUCGCACGUACUCCUGGCACUCGAGAUUCGUCGUCUACUGCGUUAAUUUUUCCGACGGGGUGUCGCGGAUGGAUGCAAAUAACGCUUUCGUCGGUUCGCGUUAACUUGCCGUUGUCACAAUAUAAUGAAUUGCGUGUCGUGCACGGGAGUGAUCUUCAGGAUGUCGCGCGAUCGUCGAGGUGAUUAUUGUCAACAAUAAGUAGUAGUGUUUUCGUAAGUGAGUACUUGUGCUAUAAAAAAGCAACAAGCAGGACAAGAGAGAAGGAGGAGGACGAGGAGGAGAACCUGAGAGACACCAGAUAACGGCGGAGCAAUAUUAAUGUAGCUGUGUUACAAAUCUGCUGCUGCGCAUUGGUCCGUGCGGAACGUGAGAAAAGUGUCUCGAAGCAUCUCGCAUUAACAGCGGAGGGAGCUCGGCGAGGAUGCUGCGUCUCCUCGGUAAAUGUCCCUCAUCCCACGCCAACGAGACAGUUAAGAUCUCCAUCGUAACCGUGUGAAAGUACAAGAAGCCGGUGGAACUGUUUGGUACUGCACGUGAGUUGAAAGUGAGCAUGAAGAAGGGAAGGUUGUCUUUGAAUAGGAAGCUCUGGAAUGAGACAGCAGGGACAUGCAAUGACCCAGUUGAAAUAUCCUCAGAUGAUGACAGCAUUGAUGUAGUCCCAAAUAUACUGAAAAGCACGAGGGAGUGCACGAGCGUAACAAAUCACGAAGCAGCUAGAGACCUGAUUAACAUUGAUUCAAAGCAUAAUGUGUCAGUUGAUUCGAGUGACGAAGAUGUUACUGUAGUUGACGAUACUCCUUACACUUUUAAUAAAAGCCCAUCGCUGUUUAAUUGGAGUACAAACAAUAAACAUUGGAGCGAUAUGAAAACGAGUUUUAAUGAUAUUGAUGCAUCACAUCAAAACAAUUUUCCAGGAAGUAGUGUCUCGCCAGAAGAAAUGCCUCUAUCUAAAAAACAGAAACUAAUGAAUGAGUGGAGAAGCCACUCAAGCUAUAGUGAAUCGACAAGCACAAAUGAUUGGAGCUCUAAAGCAGAUAGCUAUGAAUCAAUAGAUAAUCUAUAUCCAGUUAAUGAGACAAAAGACGAUCCACCGCUGCAAGUUGAGAUACAGCAUAAUAUAAUGAUUGCAGGAAUUCCAGUCAAAUUUCCUGUAAAACCAUAUCCCUGCCAGAUUGCAGUAGCAAACAGUCUCAUUGAAGGAUGUAAAAAGGAGCAGAAUUGUCUUCUUGAGAGUCCAACUGGCAGUGGCAAGACUUUGGCUCUUCUGUGCAGCUCUUUGGCAUGGCAGGAGUACUACAGUGAAAAAUUAUGUCAAGAGAAAAACGAUAAGCCGAUCGACGUUGAUGGGACAAGUUCAUGCAUUGAUGAGUCAUUAGACUCAUUAAGCCAUAAUAAUUUGUUCCUUAAUAACGAAUUCCACGAUAAAACGAAUUUUAACAAAGACAUGGCACAGAAAGUGCCAAAAAUAUAUUACGGGACACGAACUCACAAGCAAAUCGCACAAGUAGUCAAAGAAUUGAAGAGGACUGCGUACAAGCACAAAAGAAUGACGAUACUGAGCAGCCGGGAUCACACGUGCAUUCAGCAAACCAACAGAAACAAGAACGAUUUGUGCAACGAGCUACUCGAUCCGCAUAAGAACAAAACAUGCCCGUAUUACAAUGAGCACAGUAAGAAAAAAGCGUCGAUAUUUGGCAGUAUGCCAACUCCUUGGGAUAUCGAAGAUUUGGUUUCGUUAGGCAAUAGCAUUGGUGCCUGUCCAUAUUUCGGGGCGAGAUCUUUGAUGACCAAAGCGGACAUUAUCUUUUGUCCGUAUAACUAUAUUCUGGAUCCAGCGAUUCGCGAGAGCAUGCAAAUCCGUCUGCGAGGCGAUAUCGUGAUUCUCGAUGAGGCUCACAAUAUCGAGGAUAUAUGCCGGGAAGCUGCCAAUGUGAUUCUCAGAGAUGACGAGAUCAAUACUGCUAUUAUGGAUUGUCAUCAUCUUUCAGCCGUAUAUCGUGAUAAAUAUCAUGAUCCCAAUACCGCGGCCGUUUAUGAUACUAUAGAAAAAUAUUUCGAGGAUUUUGUAAAAUUCAUUCAAAAAAUUGACGUUGAACAAAAUAAAAAUGAUUUUAAAGAAAUGACUAGUAAGUGUUGGCCUGGCAGCGAAUUUCAGGUAUUGCUCGACAUACAUAACGUCGGAUGUCCUAAAUUUUCCGAUUUUCAUAACGCCAGUGACAUAGCUAUAGAUGAUUUUAUAACAAAUAUGAAGGAAGAAAGGCAUAAUAAAAUAAAGCCCACUAUUACGAGAGAUACUAAAAACAUUCUUGAGCAUCUCUGUUUGGCUAUAGAAAUGAUUACAUCGGAUAUUUAUGCUAAUGAUUACAGGAUAUAUGUUGUAGAAACGAUUGAAGCUUCAAAGAUUAAGCCUGUAACCAAAAACAGCUGGCUAUCAAAAAAUACUGAGAAGACAAAGAUACGAACUCUGAAGGUGAUAUGUAUGAAUCCUGCUGUAACUUUUGCGCCUUUGGCUCGUGAUACUCGCUCUGUGAUACUCGCUUCGGGUACUUUAACGCCGACUACGUCGUUCCAAAGCGAACUCGGCACGAAAUUUCCACGUAUAGUCAAUCCUAAUCAUAUUAUACCGAAGGAUCAAAUAUAUAUAAGAUGUAUACCACGGGCGCCAAAUGGACAAUCUUUUAAGGUUGUAUAUGAGGAGGUGAACAAAUGGACUUUUCAGGACAACCUCGGCAAUUUGGUUAUUCAAGUAUGUGACGCAGUACCAUAUGGUGUAUUGUGUUUUUUUUCAUCUUACCACGUAAUGAAUACUAUAUGCAAUAGAUGGAAGGAGAACAAGAUGUGGGACAAACUCUCCACGUUGAAAACCAUUUUUAUGGAGCCGAAAGAUCAUAGAGAGAACCACCAAGUCAUGGAAGAAUAUCGCAGUGUAAUUGAAAAAUCGUCGACUCAAUCGUUUCGUGACUCAUGUGGAGCUCUCUUGUUUGCAGUUUUCAGAGGAAAGAUGGCAGAAGGAAUCGAUUUCAGCGACAAUGAGGCUCGUUGCGUACUAGCAAUUGGCAUACCGUAUUUUCGUCAAAGCAACGAUAUAACCAUGAAAAUGAACUAUAAUGACGCAAAUAUCUCUAAAGGUUUGCUAUCUGGUAGAGAAUGGUAUACUGUAAACGCAUUUAGAGCGCUAAAUCAAGCAAUAGGCCGUUGUGUUAGGCAUAUAAACGAUUGGGGCGCCGUACUACUAAUAGAUGAAAGACAUAUGCAGUCAAAGAACAACGACUACCUACCAAAAUGGAUUAAACAAAAUAUGAAAUCUAAUAAUACAAAUCUGGAUAUAGAGCUUCAAGAUUUUGUAGCUAUACAAGCUGCACGUGAAAGUGAAAGAAAGUCUGUCAAGAAAGAGAAUUAAGAUUCCCCUUUAGAAGAUACAAAAAAAGUUUAUGUGCGCUGAAUGAAACUUAUUUUUAUUUAAAAUGAUUAACAAUUAUUACGAUUUUACAUACUUAGUGAAGUAUUCUAUUUACAUGAUUUUUUUGUUUAAAUGUUACAUAUUGGUCGUAUCUCGCUUCUCAAUCAUUCUUAAUUGUUUCUUCUUCAUCCUCUUUAUUUUCGCAGUAUUCUUAAUCUGAAAGAAUGAUAGAGUUUUAUAGUUAUUUUUAAAAAAUGUAUGCUAAGGCAUGUUACAUCAAAUGUAGCUUAACUUUGACUUAUAUAUUUUUCUAAUUUCUAAAAUUAAAGUGUAAAUUAAUGUAAAAAUUAAAUCGAAUUUGAAGUUAAGCUAUAUUUACGCAAAAAGCAUGGACUUAAGAGUUUCAUAAUAUAACAAUAAACAUUAUAUUGUAUAAAUAAUGUCAACAUUUA